AUGGGUGGACCCACGUCGGAUCUAACAACGCUGCGGGCCUCCUGCAAGGCAAUCUUGGCACGUCAUCAGCGUGGCCUCACUCUUGAGCUACCCUGCGUUCUGUGCCAGCAACGAGUGCGAGGGCAGCAGAGUAUCUUGGAACACUACUCUGACGCCCAUGGCAUUUAUAUCACAAACUAUGACAAUAUUGUAGAUCUUGACGGGUUUUUCACGCACUUGCGCAGCAUGUUGUUCCUUCGCAGCAAUGAAAGGAUGUACUGCCCAGUGUGUCGCAAGGACUGUGGUGAGGAGGCCUUGUUGAUAACACACAUAGCGGAGGAGGGUCACACCCAAUGGGAUACUGGCACAAUUCCCACACUAGCACCCUUCUGUAUUACAGCUGAGAAGUUCAUGGAAGGAGACGAGGAAGAAGAAGAAGAAGAAGAGGCAGAGAACACAAAUGGCGACAAUGCUGCUGAGAAUGUUGAUGAUGACGAUGAUGAUGAAGACUGGAGUGUCGAGCCUGCUCUAUGUUUGUUAUGCGAAACAGCGUCAGAAAACUGCCUGAGUCAUAUGAUUGAUGCCCAUGGAGUUGACUUUCGUGCCGCGGUACGAUCGCACGUGGGUGUACGUGACGUGUACGACAUUAUUAGAAUUGUCAACGUCAUUCGCAAGUGUGUGGCGCGGGGUACCUGCCCUUUUAAUUACCGCGGUGAAUCAACUGACGUGGAGGAAUGCCGUUGUAGUAUAGUCGCAUCCUCGCUGGAGGCGCAUCUGCGGGAGCACCCGCUCCAUGCCCUUCCUCGCGUGGUGCCGUCUGAUGACUGUGAACUCAUUCCGGUUCUCUGCGGUGAUGCAUUCAUCUCGUCUGUCGUUGUGGGAGGUGACCUCCUGACGCAGGAAGAAGAGGAUCCGGACUACCCCAUGGUGCCUACCAUUGCGGAGAUGGCAAGGAAACAGGCGGAAGGUAGGCAGAAAAGGGGGAGUAUGUAG